AUGUCAAGCGGGGAGAGAAAAGCCCGUGACAGUGCUGGCGCACAUCUGAGCCUGGAUCCGAAUCCCACAUGGGAUGACACCAAGAACCCAGAUGCAGUCACCCCAGAGCUCAAGAAGAACUUUCUUCAGGGCAACAGUGAAAGAUUCACAGCGAUCAUCACAGAGUCUUUUGAAACUUUGGAGCUGAAAUUUGAGGAUGUUCUAAAAAUCCAGUGCGAGCAAAGGCAGAAACUUUAUCAAGAAUAUUCUCUUCAGAUGAAGACUUUGAAAAGAAAGUUAUCCGAGGAUGCAGCCGAAGUCAAGAAACAUGCAAAAAAACUCGCUAAUAUCUUUAAGGAGCAGCAAAAAUUUAUUCAUCAAUCUCUGGGUGUUCAGAAGAAGAGAAUGGAAGAAUUUAAAGAUCUGUGUGAACAGUACUUGGAGAAACUUGUAAGACUGAGGGAUUCUCGGGGAGAUUGCCUGGUUGAAGAGCUGAGACGUCUAAUAGCCACCUUGGAAAUAAAACUGCUGCUGCUGAACUGCCAGCAAGAGAGUGCUGCUGAUCAACUGUCUCUCCUGGAUCUGCUAUUCUCAUAA